UUUAUGACAAUCUAUGCCCAAUCAUAUUCUUAUACAAGGAUGGAUCAUGAGAUCUAGCUGGCUAACCCAUUUACCCGAUCUUAAUCCAACCUGGCCCGCGUGAAAUCAAUAGAUUCAAACGUUCCUUCACGCUCUAGAGGGCGUUUUUCGAUGUUUACAAAGGGUUCUUUAAGCACUGUUUCCUUUUUCUUUUUUUUUUUUCAGUAUCCACCGUUUGAAAAACCCCUAGUUCUGCUUUUGUUUCUUUGUCUUUUUUUUUCUUUUUCAUCUAUCAGUUUCUGUUAUUCACUUGAACAUACAUUAUUCUCGAAUGGCCUCAGAUCUCUCCAAGUGAAUUUUUCGAUCUCAUUUUCGUGCUUUCGUUUGGGUUCUAAAUAGUCAUGCGAUCUCAUUCCUCGUCUUCAAAUCUACACCAUUUCUCUUCUUGGGGACUCUCUCGUUCCCCAAAACGACGCAACCUUUUUUCCGUUUCAUCUCGCGUCCCACUCCUAUCAUCUCCUCGGCUUUGCGGUGCUGUUGCUUCAAAUUUCUACCCUCCAAUCAAGUUAAAUUUGCAACGAUCAAAAAAUUCACAUAAGCGAAGUCGACGAUAUCGACAGGACGUCGUUGAAGUUAACGCCGCCGAGGAUGACUCAGUGGGAAUAUCUUCGUUUGAUGACUGGGUUGUUGACGAUUCAUUGGCUACAUAUAUGUUUUCUUCAUCAAGUGAUGGGGAAGAUAGCGAUGGGGAAAUCGUAUUGAACCCUUUGAGUGAGGCGGAUUUGCGUCCUGUCAAGGUCUCAACCGACGAAGCCAUAACCUUGGCGGCCCAUCGGCUUACUUUAAUUGGAAGAGACCAAAAUAGACACAGGACGUACCAUGGACUGUUAAUCAACUUGGCCCUUAUAAUUUUCCUGACAAUGGUUCUUUUACUCGUGGAUUGGUGUGGAUGGAAAAUUGUCAGGCUACCCUUGGCGCCAUUCUACUUGACCUCCCCAUUUUUCAUAUCUUUGAUCUUAGCUUCAUGUGCAGGUUAUAUUUGUGUCCCCUUGCUUAAAACUCUUAAGCUCCAUCAAAUACUUUGGAAAGAAGGGCCUGCUAGACAUUCCAGAAAGAAGAGUACCCCAACGAUGGGUGGUCUUUUUUUUAUACCAGCUGGUAUAUCUGUUGCGAAAUUCUUAACUGGUUUUUCUUCUAUUGAAGUUUCUGCUGCAGCAGCAGCAACCUUAGCAUUUGCUGCAAUUGGACUACUUGAUGACGUCUUAAGUUUCGACAGGCAACACAACAGUGGCUUAUCUCCAUGGUUAAGACUACUUUUUGAGGCAACUGUUGGGAUUUGGUUUUCAUUUUGGUUGGAUGCUACAAAUUUUUCGUCACCCUAUGGCAUGAAAACGCUGGUUCCUCUACCUGCACCACUGGGCCUUGUGUACUUGGGAAAAUUUUACCUAUUGUUGACUUCAUUUUGUUUUGUUUCCAUGGGAAAUGGGGUUAACUUAACCGAUGGUCUUGAUGGUCUGGCUGGAGGGACUGCUGCAUUAGCUUUUAUUGGAAUGUCAAUUGCGGUGCUUCCAAUAUGCCCUGAACUUGCUAUAUUUGGAGCAUCAAUGGCAGGGGCCUGUGUUGGUUUUCUUUUGCACAACGGGUAUAAAGCAUCUGUAUUUAUGGGUGAUACUGGAUCCUUGGCCCUUGGUGGCGCAUUAGCUGCAAUGGCUGCUUGUACUGGAAUGUUCUUUCCCUUAUUCAUUUCAUCUGGUUUCUUCAUUUUGGAAGCAUCAUCAGUUCUCAUGCAGGUGUUAUACUUUAAAACAACAAAGCACUUGUGGGGAAGUGGGUGCCGCCUGUUUAGAAUGGCUCCUUUGCAUCAUCAUCUGGAGUUAUGCGGGCACAAAGAACCAAUUAUUGUUGCUGGCGCAUAUGUUGUAUCCUGUGUUUUUGCUUUAUUUGCUGGUUACAUAGGCCUUAUAUCAGCAUAACCUCUGUGAUCAUUUUCACCCAUCUCCAUUUUGUUCCCCUAGUUAUGGUCAUAAAAGGUUUUCUUUUUUCCCACUAUUUCUGAAUCUUUUAUUUGAUCUUCCCGUUUAAUGUUGAUACCAUUAUGCUUUAGAAGAUUUAUAAUAGAGUGGUAGAAAUUCAUGUAUCCAUGCAAUUUUGAUAUACAUUUUUUACCAACAGAAGCUGAAUGUAACAUGAGCCUGCGAGUCUAUGUACACAGCAGUUUAAUUACAUUGGAUGAAUGAGAGUUUACAGUGAUAGAAGUUUUUUGGUUCAUGUAGUUGAGGUCAUCCUCUAGUUAUAAGUCUUUUUUUUAAAUCCAAGAGGGCAUAUUCCUUAUUCUUUUUCUCAUUUUGACUCCAAUUAUUUGUUUUUUGAUACUCGAACUUGGCUAGAAUCAGCAUUUUUGUGAUAAUUCAUUUUGUAGAUUGUGGAUAUCACUCCUUGGCACAUAACAGCAGAAGUAGAUCUACUGCCAUAGUUGUGUUUUUCUUGGUUGUGGUAAUACUGUUUGAUGUGCCUCCCUAAACAUGUCAUGAAAAUGCAGAAUAUCACCAUCAUAUUAAUUCUUACUUGUCUGGAACAUAUAUUUGAUGCAGUUGUUAUGUAAUGGCCUUUUCCUUAAUAUUGUGCUUCAUGUUAAUUGUUUCAUGUGAGAUAUUCAUUUUAUUCUACUUAAAAGCAGAAAGGAUUUUCAUUCUUUGAAACACCAUUUUACAAAUGGUUGGAUUUUAACGGUCUAUAAUAUUCAUUAAUCACGAAAUUAUUUUUUAAUUAAAAUAUUUUUUGGUAUAUUUUCAUAUAAAACCCAUAUUUUAUGGUCUAGAUUUUUAUUAUGGAUUCACAAACCUUGAAAAAUGUUUGAACCCAGAAUAAAAAAAUAAAACCCUUGAGGUUUGUUUUGACCUAGAAAAUGAACCCAAAGGAAAAAAAAGAAAUGACACAA